AACAAACUAUCGCCACUCAACAUCGGAAUUGACAGUUACUCCGAAACUGCUAUCUGGAAGAAAAAUCAAAGCAACUGGCGCUAUUCUUGAUCAAGUUUACACCUGAGAGGUUUUCGGAGAAAUUCGUGAAGCGAAAAUGUCGGACAACGAGAUGCUUCACGGGGGAGACGACGACCUUAGCCUCCCCCGAGCGACGGUCCAAAAGAUCAUACAGGAGAUGCUUCCAAAUGAGAUGAUCUGCGCGAAGGACACAGUCACGCUAAUUAUCGACUGCUGUGUGGAGUUCAUUCACUUGAUAUCUUCGCAAGCGAACGAUAUAUGCGAAAAGGAAUCACGCAAAACUAUUGCACCCGAGCAUAUACUAGCUGCGCUAAAGGAGCUGGGUUUUGACAGUUAUGUCCAAGAGGUCGAGAGUGUGUUGAAGGAGCAUAAAGUGCAACAGAAGGAGAGGGAAAAGAAGAGCAAUAAGCUGAACAAAUCGGAGUUCACGGAAGAAGAGCUGCUCAGACAACAGGAGGCGCUGUUUGCCGCAAGCCGAGCACGUUUUCAAGGGCGCACCCAGUGACCAGAAUACUCGCGGGAAUAAAGAUACGCGCCUAGCUCGCCAGAGCGGAUGAUUACCGCCCCAGGUUUCCCUUCGAGAGAGGCGUUAUAUAGCUCCUCGGUAGCGCGCACGAUGAGGGGCUUGGUGGGAGGUCCAGAGAGGGAGAGAAGGGAGAGAGCUUCGUCUGCGUUUGGGGACAGAAUGCGUAGGUGUGGGAUGACGCGACGGAGCUGGGGGAGCUCUUCUGGUAUACAGCGGUC